GAUCCUUUUUGAUCUCCGACUUCAAAACCGAUCAAAUCGGCGAAUUUCACGUCAUGGCUACGGCUGUUGGAGGCGGAAGCGAUUUGGAGGUUGGAUUUGCGAAGCUUCAAGGUGAGGAUUUCGAGUACUAUAUGCAGUCAUACUCCAUUAUACUCGGCCGGAAUUCUAAGAAAGCGACCGUCGACGUGGAUCUCUCAUCUCUCGGCGGCGGGAUGAACAUUUCUCGCAACCACGCUCGGAUCUUCUAUGACUUCACUAGACGACGCUUCUCUCUCGAGGUCCUUGGCAAAAAUGGCUGCUUCGUUGAAGGUGUCCUCCAUCUCCCUGGGAAUCCUAACGUCAAGCUCGAUUCACAGGACCUUUUGCAGAUUGGUGACAAAGAGUUCUACUUCCUGCUUCCGGUUCGGAGUAUCCUAGGCGGGCCAUUGGGACCCAGGCACCACGUCUCAGGGCAAACUAGUGUUGUUCCGUACCAUAACUAUCAUUCGGGUCCUGGUUCCGGGUCAGGUAAGAAGGGCGUCCGGAGUAGAGAGUUGUAUGAGUACGAUGAUGAAGAUGAUGAUGACGACGACGAUGAGGAGGAUAUCAGGGGAAGUGGAAAGAAAACAAGGAGAGAUGGAUAUGAAGUAGUAUAUGCUUCCGGAGAGAAGAAGAGAUCAAAGGUAGAUCGUGAAGCUGAUGAUCAACAAUUUUUGCAACUGGAGGAGAAAGAUGUUGUAUCAUCUGUUGCCACUGUGCUUUCCGAUUUGUGUGGUCCGGGAGACUGGAUGCCCAUGGAAAAACUUCAUUCGGUGAUAUUAAAGGAGUAUGGAAACGUAUGGCAUCACAGUCGAGUAAGAAGAUACCUGACACAAGAAGACUGGGCUAUCCCUGAAGCAAAGGGUAAACCAUGGUACGGUUUGCUAAUGCUACUGAGAAAAUACCCGGAGCAUUUCGUCAUCAACACUAGAUCAAAGGGAAGAGUUACCCUUGAAUUCGUUUCCCUCGUUUCCCUACUCCCAUAAUCACCAAGAUGAUUAGGAUGAUUGUUAGUAGUAUAUCUUUAAUGUUUCCACGAAAUGAGUGUAGAAGUGGGGUUAGUGUUUUGACCUUGGUGACUCGUCGGAUUAUGCUUUUCUCUCUUUUCUUUGUCACGUUGUGUAUGUAGAAUGACAAUGACAUUGAUGAGUAAAAAAACACUCUCGGAUUUUAACUUUUUCUAUCUUUUCUAAUACAAGAGAUAGCAUAAG